CAUUUGAGAUGUUUUUUUACAUGUUCUGCUUAAAAUGAAAAAUAUUUAAAUUGUACAAACUUGCCGCCUCAUUAACUUCACUGUUAUCAUAUAGAUGGCGUUUUCUCGUAUUAGUUUACUUGGGUGAUGUAGAUGGCGUUUGUUUACAGUUUACUUGAAAUGAGCUAAUAUUUAUUUUCCAACAUUCAUUUAUCUAAAGCAAUUUUAAUAGCAGACGAAAAGAUCUUUACUAAUUUUCUUUGAUUGAACUCCUUCACCAUUCUUAAAUUCUUUUAUAAUCAGAUUGCCAAGCCAUAAUGACCUACAUUAUCAUCUCCCUGCAUUCUUUGUAUAUUUCUCCUUUUAACAGUAAACAUAAUUUAAUAAAUUAAUACAGUAAAAGGUUAAAUUCUGUAUGUUAUGUCAUUAUAAAUGUCUUCCGACUUUAUCAUUAUCAUAUUGACGCACGUAUUCCAGAGGGGUAGGCAGAAACCCACAGACUUCCAUCUGGGUUGAUCUAAACACAGCUCUAUUACAAAUUAUAAUUAUUGUUUUAAUUAACACGAAGCUUCUAAAGUAACGCCUAGCAAUGCGUCGUUCAGCAUUUGCCAACUCCUAACACCUGAAAUAUAUGCUUAACACAACAGUAAAGGUUCUAGUGUACAUUUUUUAAUAUACUUCCCUUCUUAUAAUAUUUAAAACCUUGAAGUUUAUACAGUAAAAAAAGCUUAGGUCUUUUUGAAGGUGUACACAGCUUCGUUGGGUCUAUAGGUCUGGCCACAUUACCUUUCUGUGGGUUCGUGGAGGUCUUGUAUUAUUAGUUGCGACUGCAAAAAAAUCCUUACAACUUAGUGCAAGAACAAUAAAAACUAUUUUAGUUGAUCUUGUGUUGCGAGGAUAAAAUUUCCACACAGGAGCGUGCGGUUAUGUUAGCUUACCCUUGUACCGUAAUGAUAAAAAGGCGUUUCCUAGAGGUCAAGAUGCAGGCAAUGAAUGCAAUUUGGGAAUUAGCACGUGUGAUGCAUCGGGCCCGGCGGGGGCGGCGGUGAGUGGGGCGAGCGGUGCGGAGUCGUAUGCAGUGGUCCACUCAACGUCGCACAAGGUCAAGGAGAAUGAUUAACAACGAAAAUACAGCAAAACAAACCGACUGAGCGAGCGGGGAGCGCCGGGGUGGCGGCGCGGUCCGUCAGUCGUAGCAGCGACGCCGUUCGCUGACGUCGCGUGUUCGUCGUCGUCCGCGACUCUCUCGAAAAUCGAUGCACGAUCCGCAACCUGCAUUCGACACGAUCAUACAUUUGGUGCUGUGAGAAAGUAUUUACGAUUGCGCGUCGCGUCUUAGUGAUGUGAGGAUGUUAGUGCGUGGCCAUGUCGGUGGCGAAGAAAGACAAGCCGACCAUGUCGGUGACGGCUCUGAUCAACUGGGCGCGGCCGGCGCCGCCAGGCCCGCAGCCGCCCGCCUCGCCCGCGCCCCUCACCAUGCUGCAGCCUCUCCCGACGCCUUCUACGCUGACCAACGUCGACUAUGAAGAAAUGCAAUGGCUGAAUCUGGAGGCGGGGUUUAUGUCGCCGAUGUCUCCACCGGAGAUGAAGCCGGACACGGCGAUGCUGGAUGGCCUGCGAGACGAUGCCACCUCGCCUCCCGCACUGCGUAACUACCCCCCUAACCACCCUCUUAGCGGCUCGAAACACCUUUGUUCCAUCUGCGGGGAUCGCGCCUCCGGCAAACAUUAUGGGGUAUACAGUUGUGAAGGUUGCAAAGGUUUCUUCAAGCGGACGGUGCGGAAAGAUUUGACAUAUGCGUGUCGUGAGGAGAGGAAUUGUAUAAUCGACAAAAGGCAAAGGAAUCGUUGUCAAUUCUGCCGCUAUCAGAAAUUUCAGGAGUUAUCAAUCGAGCGGUUACUGGAGAUGGAAUCGCUGGUGGCGGAUCCCAGCGAGGAGUUCCAGUUCCUGCGAGUGGGCCCAGAGAGCAAUGUGCCGCCGCGGUACCGCGCGCCCGUCUCAAGUCUAUGUCAGAUUGGUAACAAACAAAUAGCGGCGCUGGUGGUGUGGGCGCGGGACAUCCCACACUUCAGCCAGCUGGAGCUGGAAGACCAGGUGCUUCUCAUCAAGGGCAGCUGGAACGAACUGUUGCUGUUUGCAAUCGCCUGGCGGUCAAUGGAGUAUUUAGAAGACGAGAGGGAGAACAUGGACGGCACGCGGAGCGCUGCCACGCCACAGCUCAUGUGUCUAAUGCCUGGUAUGACGCUGCACCGCAACUCCGCGCUGCAGGCGGGCGUGGGCCAGAUCUUUGACCGCGUGCUGUCGGAGCUGUCGCUGAAGAUGCGGGCGCUGCGCAUGGACCAGGCAGAGUACGUCGCACUCAAAGCCAUCAUACUGCUCAACCCAGAUGUCAGAGGACUGAAGUGUCGACAAGAAGUUGAUCUUCUUCGGGAAAAGAUGUUCUCUUGCCUGGACGAGUACUGCCGGAGGUCGCACAGCGCGGAGGAAGGCCGGUUCGCGUCGCUGCUGCUGCGGCUGCCCGCGCUGCGCUCCAUCUCCCUCAAGAGCUUCGAGAGCCUCUUCUUCUUCCACCUCGUCGCGGAAUCCAACAUCAGCGGCUACAUCCGCGAGGCGCUGCGCAACCAUGCCCCGCCCAUCGACGCAAACUCCAUCAUGUAGGCCACGCCCACGCGCGCAUUCUGACCCGCCCACCACAACUCACGCCCACGUGUCGGAAACGCAGCGCCAGAUCAUUGCGUGAGCUAUCCAUGCGUGGGAUCUAAGCAAUUAGCAAGCAAAAUUUCUAACGAUGUCUCAACGCGAUCGAAAACGAUGCAUUUAUUGCCGUAAGAAAACAACUUCCUAACAUUGCUUAGCGAUAAUACUUAAUAUUUGGUCACUAGAACAUAUUUCUAGGCGUAUAUUGAAAGGAAUUGAUGUUGAUUUGCUACAUUUAAUACUUAUGUUUAAUAUUUCAUUAUGUUCGAAAAUUAAUUAUAUUUUUCGAUCAGACAAAGCUAAUUAUUUUACUAAUGCAAUUACAUAUCUUAUAUCACAUUACGUGGUAUUGUAAUGUUGAAGAUUGUGAAAAUGUUGGAAACUUCGCGUGAGCAUGUCGGCGGGCGCGUCUUCUGUUAAAUGUAUGGAGAAAAUACAUACAUAGUUAUAAGAUACACGUUGUUUAUGCCAGUUUUAAUAUAUAAUGUAGUUAUGUAAAAUACACCAAGAAUAUAUUUAUUUAAGUUGAGAUUUGAGCCUGAGGAAUGUUCGUUCCCAUGUUACCUGAUGGUAUUUAUAUUUCUUUUAUUGGAAAUUCAUUUUUUGUGACGUCAUUUACCAUGGUGUAUUUUAUGUGACAGUUAAUUCAUAAUUAACCAUUUUUGUGUUAAUUAAAAACAGGCAAGUAAAGUUAUAUGAUCAAAAGUCGCAAUUGUACCUGCAAAAGAUAUGCCUUUUUAAAAUAAGAAAUAUUUUAAAAUGUAAACAGUAUAGAAAUUUUAUAAUAGAAAUCAUUUAAUCGGAUGAAAUUGUGGCGUCGGUUUUUCUAUACUAAUAGCACUCUUGUAUUUCAUGUAUUUGAUAAAGGAAAUAAUUUCGUUUAACAUUCCGUCACAUCAGCCCCUGAUGUUAACAAACAUUUAAACAGCUUUAUUUACUAUGAUUUGCAUAUUAUCCAAAAUAAUUAUAACAUCGUUCAAUGCCACUAUUUUGACAUACUAAAGUUAACUCGCAUGUCCAGUCGGUGGCAUGGGACGGUUUAAAUCAUUGGUAAAAUUACUAAUACAAUGACACGAUUUAUUUUAAAAUUAUCUUAGUAAAGGUGUUGUCUUUUAGAUCCAUUCUGUAGAAGUUGUUUUAUAAAGUAACUGGGACAGAUAUUAUAAGGAAAUGAGAAAGCAAUGAGGUGACAAGUUGGAAGCGCAAGCGAUCGUAACGGAACCGGGGCCGCCUCUUCUUAUUAUUACAUAGUUGUAAUGUUAUUAAUCCAAUUAGUCGUUCUUCUAUUAGGAAAUUGUAUUUCGUCACUUUGGUGUCGUAAGUUGUUAGGCUUAGAUAAUUUUAACAUUUACCAAAUCACAUCUUCAAAGCACCUUUAUACGGUUUUAGAAUGUAUUCGAUUAGUUUACAACGUAGCUUGUUUGUUUACUUGUUUGAUAAUUUGUUUAAUAAGAUCGUGAACAUUUUUACAUACUUUUACAUUUGUUAUGUACUAUUUUGGUGCUUUUGAGAUGCAUUAUCAUAUAGGUAUUAUGUAUUUUUGUUAUACGGAAAUAUAAUCAUUGUCUAUGAGUCCGUUGCUGUACAAGAUGGAAAUGUAAAUAUGACAUUGCAUGUACAAUUUUUAAUUACAAUAAGUAACGCUUUAUGUAAAGUAAUAUAUUUCAAAUGACGUCAUCAAGUUAGAAGUUUUAACGAACAAUAGAAUGGCCUACUCGUUAGUUAUAAAAAUGUAGGCCAGUUUAUUUUUUUAAGCUAAAUGAAAAUGUAAUGCAACAAAAUGUAAUAGCAGAAAUCAUUCAUAUUUAUAUAAAUGGAGUAAAUAAUAAUAUCAAUAUUGUUACGAGUAGUUAACAGUAAGUAAAAAAAUCUGCAAAUAAUUAUUUGAGGCAAAAACUUAGUUAAGCGCUCAAGUAGAUAUUUUACAAACUCGACAAAAAUAUGUAAUAUUGACGGCAGAGCCUUUAAAUGUAUUGUGUAAUCAAUUGUUGAAGUUUCGGGUUCAAAUGCAAAUAAUGUUGAUGUCUUGAUAUUAUUCUAUGGAUGGGUUUGAAUUUUACAAAAAAAAAGAUGUUGCAGCGGUUGUGAGAUGAUUUAUAAUAAAUGUUUACUAAAAUAUCUGACUAAAUUUAAGUUAUAUUUUUUGUAUAGACAUACAUUAAGGCUUUAAGAUGGAGGGUGAUAAAUAAAUCAUCACAAUAA